AAUAGGAGCGAACAACAAUCAAGGUGAAGGAGGCACACAGUUUGAGAGUGGACGUGAUUUGAGGAGACAGCCUUGGAAAUGAUUCAAGUAUAGGAGAUAAAAGCGAAGAAAAAAGGCCGUUCUCUUUUUGACUUUGCUCCUGUGAGGUGGAGCUUCAAUAGGCUACACCUUCUCCAGGGCAGUUCAAGAUGGCGGACCUGUUCGUUGACCGGGUCCUGCUGAAGAACAACAGGGACCAGGACGAGCUGGACACAGAACGUGAGAUCGUCACGCACCUGCAGAACCGCAUCUUGAUGCUUUUCUUUGCCUCUGCUGCAUGUGAGAGAUGUCGGAGGUUCGUACCCGAGCUCGGCGACUUCUUCGAACGCUUGACCGACGAGUUUUACGUGGAUCGAUCUGCUCAGCUGGUCCUCCUGUACAUUAGCUUGGACCCGUCGGAGGAGCAACAAGAGAAUGUCCUCAAAGAGCUGCCUAAGAAGUGUCUGUUCCUGGCCUAUGAAGACCCCUACAGGGGAGAGCUGGAGGACAUGUUUAAUGUGAAGGAGCUUCCCACAGUGGUGGUCCUGCGCCCCGACUGUUCAAUCCUCAUUCCGAAUGCAGUGGACGAGAUACUCCGGCUUGGCCCUGACUGCUACCUCAACUGGCAGGAAGCAGCGGAGCUUCUAGACAGGAACUUCAUGAGCACAGAGGAUUUUCAGGACAAGUCCACACGUAGCUUCACAGACCCUAUCAGGAGACUCAAGUACAAGGUGAAGGACGACAAGAAGAGGAAGAAAGAGCAGAAAAGAGGCUGGGAUUGAGGAGGAAAUGAUGCGAAAAGGAAGUGGAGGGUUGCCGUGGUGAUGAGAAGACAAAGAAGAUUGUAUUGACUUUGAGGAUUUGUGAAACAUUGCUUUUUCUGUAUAUGUCUACUAAUCCAGCCCAGGGAAUGACACCAUACCGUCCUGGAGUUCAGUUCGAAGCUUGGGAGACAAAUAUAUUUGCAGCAAAUUCCUAAAAACACGAGAGUGCUCCUGUUUUAUUGAGGAACUUGGACCACUGAACAAAUUGGCAGAUCCCUAGCAAACAUAAAACACUAGGGUCCAAACUUGUGAUUUAAAUAACUUAGGCAUUCCUCAAGGCACCCUUUGUGUCCUCUCCGUUUGGCAGUUACAAUUUUUUUUCGGAAUGUGAUUUAUAUCAGUGGUCCUCAACCUUUUUUGCACCACGGACCGGUUUAAUGUAGGCCUUAUUUUCAGGGACCCGGCUUUCCACUUCCAGAUAAAUACAGCAAAAAUAAGUGCAUGAAAAAUACAACUCACUAUAACGCUGAAUUAGUGUCAGGUUCAAACAUUGAUGACAUCUAUUAUGACAUUUAUGGGGCGGCAUGGCGUAGUGGGUAGAGCGCCCGUCUCAGAAACCUGAGGGUUGCAGGUUCGCUCCCCGCCUCUUACCAUGCCGUUGUGUCCUUGGGCAGGACACUUCACCCUUGCCCCCGGUGCCGC